AUGGGCGGCAUAUACAGCAUGAUGAGCGACUUCGAAGCCUCAACCCUUGAAACAGGGCUCAUUGCGUUUGUAAAGGCCAAGAUCCCUGAGAACCCCAGUCUCAGAGCCAUCUGCGUUCGCGAGUUGUACAUUGAGAGGGGCAAAGGGUACAGGAAUCCUCGGUUCCGGUCAGAUAUGUUGCGAAAAGAGUGUGAGAGGAACGGAGUGGCUCUGAGCGAUUGUACGGAGCAGCCGUGCUCGACGUGCGUUGCUCGGCCGCCUGUGGUGAGUGAGGAGUUGGACGAAGGGGAAGUUACGUGCGGGGGUGACGAUUACGAUGAAGAGAACAAGGAGGACAAAGAGGAUAGCGAAACGAAUGGCGACGAAGAUAGAGAUGAAGAGAGAGAAACAUCCACAAACGAGACUUCGACAAAUUCAUCUACACUCAGCAAAUUCGACCCCUAA